AUGGACGACCUUGAUGUUGCUGAUAACAAGAACCUUUGGAAAUACGUAGACGAUUCAACUAUGUCUGAAGUCAUAAAUAAAGAUCAACCUAGUAUAAUGCAAGCGUAUGUCAACGAAUUCUCUUCAAAAUCCAGAAGUGAUGGUAUGCAGUUAAAAGAGUCCAAAUGCAAGGAACUUCGAAUAAGUUUCUCAACUGUAAAGAGAGAGUUUGAUCCUAUUAUUAUCAACGACAAAAACAUCGAAGUAGUCCAGUGUGAAAAACUACUCGGUUUAACCAUCUCCGACAACCUCAAAUGGAAUAAACAUAUUGAGACUGUAUGCAAGAAGAUUUCAACUCGUCUAUACUUCUUGCGACAAUUGAAACGGGCAAAGUUACCAUCCAAGGAUCUUCUCUUGUUCUAUGUUACUUGUAUUCGGCCGGUUGCUGAAUACGCGUGCGAAGUAUUCCACGAUUCCCUUACAAAAUACCUGUCAGACGAUCUCGAAAGAUUACAACGCCGAGCUUGCAGAAUAAUCCUCCCCGAACAUUCGUACGAGGAUGCACUUAAUCAACUAGGUCUCUUGUCACUGUUCGAUCGAAGACAAAAUUUGACCGAUAAACUUUUUCGGCAAAUUGUUAAUGAUCCGCAAGACAAAUUACACCAUUUAUUACCAGCAUUAAAUUUAUCUGAGGCAUCUCUGAGAGAAAAAAGAAUAUUUCAAGUUCCAAACUGUAGAACAAUUAGAUUUAAAAACGAUUUUAUCAAUUUCAACUCUAGUAAAUACGUAUAA